CGCAACCUCCGAGCUUCUGCCGGGUAGGCGGAGACAACAUGAGAAUCUCCUUAAUGAGAACUGAAAAAGACUUUAUAGUAUCUCCCUUGCAAAAUUAUUUAAAACACAAAAUAAAGGGUAAACCUCGAAGAAGUAACUAAUUAUAUAAUUUACAGCGCAAAACGAUGCUCUUGUGGUAUAAGUAAAGUUAUAAACACAAGAUUUGUUACAUGAUCGCACAGACACUCACUGUGAACGCUGAGUUUGAGUACACGUAGUACAGUGAGCUGCGCAUUGAGGCUGCACACUGCACAGAAUAGCGGGUCCCCUUGAUCUGACAGAGGUCUGUGGUUAGAGAAAGUGGAAGGCGAUUGCAAACUUUAAUCAAUUAAAUUAAUUAAAUAAGUUUAAUUAAUUCAACUUCAUAGUCAUGGCUUUUCAUUCUGAACCAUGAGUCGUCAGGUGUAGGCAGCAAAGUUAAUCAGGUCAGCAGUCAUGGACAGGACUAUGGGAGUUGUGUCUGCUGCAGCUGUCCUAACUACAGGUGUUGCUACAUGGGCUCUGUAUAAGUGGCUGGAAACAAGAAACAGAUUAAAACAAUAUACUGACAAGUACAGUGAUAGUAAGGAAGUGCAAAGACAAUUAGUUCAUCAGUAUGGCACCCUCGAUGAUUUACCACAGCUGAAGAGUUUAAUAUCACAAGAAGCAGAUAAUUAUCAUUCAAAGCUUUCACAGUUUUGCAGUGAAGUGUGCCAAAAGCAUGGGGUGAACAAAGGCCGAGUACUUGAUGUUGGUUGUGGGCCAGGAGGAUUAUCUUUUCACCUUAGUUCUCACUUUCAAAAGGUCGUCGGUACUGAUAUUAGUUACUCAAUGAUUGCAGCAGGACAACAACUAAAACAGUUUGCAGAAUUUGGAACUCCAUUUAGUAGUGAAGGAGGCAAGCAUAUAUCUUUUGUACGCAUCAGAGUCCCAGACUGUGCCUUAAGAGAAAAAGUUGUGUUCUGGGAUGAGGAUGCAUCUGCUCUCUUUUACACUAGUGGCAAAUUUAACUGUAUUGUUGUUUCUAAUACAAUUACAGAUAUGGAAAAUCCAAAGGCAUUCUUGGAAACUAUUGUAAAUUACACUGAACCUAGUGGGUUACUGAUUAUUUCUGAUGUUUAUAACUGGUUGAAUGGUCCAGAAGAACACUUAGGGGGUGAGGAUGAGUGUUUAACUCAUUCUGUAUUGGUGAAAACCUUAGAACAAGAUUGGACUUAUGAGGAGGAGAUUAACAUUCCCUUCUAUGUACCAAGAUGCAAACGCCUUGCUGAAGUUGGUAAUGCACAUGUUAGUGUUUGGAAAAGGAAGCCUGAAGAGAACUAAAUGGAAUUCAGGAGAGUGAAGUUGCCAGCCAGCCUCAGACUGGUUCUUGCCGAUUCUUCUUCGUACUUUAUUGCAAAGAGUGAAAUAUAUUUUUGAGGGAGCAUGACAUGACAAGUCUGCUCUUAGAGUAUUAAUUGUAUUUUGUUAAUUUCAAGGUAUUUUUACGUGCUUAUUAAAAACUUACCAUCCCAUCAAAUCAAAUACUUAUGCAUUAUGACUUGGGAAUUCAUGCAAUAUUGAUUUUCAUUGGUAUACAGACUAUUCUUUCUUCUGUCUUUUUCUUUCUUCUGUCUUUCUUUUCAGCUUCAAGUUUGUAGCUUAUAACCCCAUAACUAUUUUCUACCUGUGAAGUUAACCUCCAUAGUGUUAUUUUAGAUAUUGAUUGUUCAUGUGGUCAAUAAAGUUUUAAUCAUCUCUGAAAUGAAAUUCCAGUUUGAGGAUACCUUGGCAUAUUAAACCACUAAUGUAUUCUUAAUUUAGCACUUAUGUAAUCGUUACGUCAAUCUUUUCAGAUUACAUGGACAAAUGACUGAGUAAGGCAAGAGGGGUCAAAACUGUGUCAUCACUUGUAUUGGAAAGGAACUGAAGCAUGUAGUCUCCCAGUAUAAAAUAUUGUCUUCAUAAAGAACUUGACAGUGUC